GAAUAGACACCACAAAAGCACUGACAGGAAGCGCGUAGCUAGAUGCUAACAGCAGACAACUUGAUUGGAGCAGCAUGGCUCUGAACGGAGAUGACGAGUUCGAGUGGGAACCGCCGACGGAAGCCGAGAUGAAGGUUCUGGAAGCCCAGCGCGAGCGGCAGAACAAAAUCAGCAAGUUGAUGGGAGACUACCUGCUGAAGGGAUACAAGAUGCUGGGGGACUGCUGCCAGCACUGCUCGACGAUUCUUCUUGAAGACCGGCAGAAGAACAUCUACUGUGUGGCCUGUCAAGAGCUGGACUCGGAUUUGGAUAAGGACAACCCAGCGUUGAAUGCCCAGGCAGCCCUCUCCCAGGUGCGCGAGCGCCAGCUAGCCAGCCAAUCAUCAUCAUCACCUCACCAAUCCAACGGAAACGAAACCCCGCCCCCUGGUCCGCCCAGCUCCUCCUCUCGUCCAAUCCGCACGCUGCCCCGGCCGGAGCACUGCGAGGGGGCGGCGUCAGGCCUGCUGCGCGCCCCAGCCGGAGCCCCCACCCCCCCAUGGCCCGCCAACCCUGUCACCCCCACCCCUAGCAAUGCCGCUCCCCGCCCCGGCAACGUAAACGCCACCCCUCUGGACCCCACCACUGCUGCAGCCUCCUCAUUGGCUGCUGCUAUCUCCUCCUCCUCCCCCCCUGGCGCCGCGGGCUCCGGAACCGGAAUCGGAGCCGGAACGUCAGCAGGCCUGAGGGUUCCGGGCCACCAUUCCGGCCCUAUUGUGAUGUCAGGGGCCGUGCAGCAGACGGUUCUGGAGGCGGAGCAAGCCGUGGUGGGCAAGAUGCAGUGGGCGGUCUGCCAGAUGUCUCACUCCGCCCCCUCCAUAGAGAGCAGCACACAGCUGUGUGUCCUCAUCCAGACCUGCGCUAACACACUGCGCACACUCAGAGACCUGCACAGAGACUAACUAGCACACAUGCUAUGCUGACACACACACACACACACACACACACACACACACACACACACACACACACACACACACACACACACACACACACACACACAGAACACGUAUACUGAUACACUGACACACACACAGAACACGUAUACUGACACACACACCGAGCACGAUAUACUGACAAACAGACACACAGGACAUGUAUACUGACACACACACACACACACACACACACACACACACAGAACAUGUAUACUGACACACGCGCACACCCACAGAACACGUAUACUGACACGCAUACAUAUAGACUGAUGUGCCCACACACAAUCACACUCACGUUCACCCACGCAUACACUCCUUUAUAUAUACACACACACACACACACACACACUGUCAGACUGACUCUAGCGCUUGUUCAUACGUAUAUACAUGCACAGUUACACACACACUCCUGCUCAAACUAUGAGGUUGUCAAUAAGUAGUGGAUAGACACAUGCAAAGGAAGUGUUGCCGUGUGUGUGUGUGUGUAGACGUCACCUCUGUUCCUGUAUCUCCACUCGAGUGUGUGUGUGUGUGUGUGUUUGUUCUAGAGUUUUCUCCUUCCACCUGUUUGGCUGCUACGUUGAAGCUGUAGUCAUUACUCAAUAAAGAGUACAGAUCAGAUCAUGGA